AUGGCUGAUACACCAGUUGCUAGAGAAAGAGAUGAAUAUAAUACAUGGAAAAAAGAGGAGACUAGGUUACUGUUAAGACUUAUGGUUGAUGCUACGAAACAGGGAUGGUGUAUUAAUAGUGGUUCCCUCAGUAAAGAGACAGUUGAAAAACAAUUUUUGCCAUCUAUUAAUUCAAUAUUUGGUUGUAACAAAAAUUACAAUAAUUAUCAAAGCAGGUUGAGAUCAUUUAGAAAUCGAUGGCUCUCAUAUUCAUCGCUUUUGAAGUUCAAUUCUGCUUUUCGAUAUGACUCAACUUCAAAGAUGUUCACUGCUCCAAAUGAAGUAUGGGAUGAAUAUCUAAAGGCUCAUCCAGAAGGUGUUACUUUGCGUAAUAAAGUAUUGGAAGAUUAUGAAGACCUUCAAAUUAUUAUUGGAAAUACUGGGGCUAAUAAUAUUACAGAAAGAACAUUAGAAACUAAUGAAAUCAGUGAUAUACGCAUAGAUGACUUGGAUUAUGAUAUUAAUGAUGAGGGUUUUGUACAAAAAGAUAAUGGUUCAACAUUGGGUUCUUCUGAAAUUUUUAAGUUGAUCAAGAAAAAGCUUCCAAUUAAAAGAAGUAGAAAUGAUCAUGAGGAGGGUUCUAACUUAAACGAAAACACCCUUUUACCUAGCAUUUUGGAACAUGUUACUAAACUCGGAACAUCUCUGGAAAGAAUUAAUGACUCAUUGCAGAAAAGAGAAAAUGAGAUAACUACAUGGGAUGCUAUCAAGGAGGUACCAGAUGUUGAUGACCAUAUUCGUUUUGAGGCAUUUAACUUGCUCGACUGUGAAACAAAAAAGGAUGGUUUCUUGAAAAUGACUCUUGAAGAACGAGCAAGAUGGAUGCUAUAUAUGAUGGGAAACAAAUGA